ACUCACAUUGAAAUUCACUGUCCCAACACGAAUGAUUCGGAGGAGCUUUAGCCACCUUUCGCGUAAGCCUAUUGGCCAGCUGGUAAAAAAAGUCAAGAUUGUUGAAGUGGGACCAAGAGAUGGACUUCAGAAUGAGCAGAGGAUUGUUCCCACUGAAACAAAGAUCAGUUUGAUUGACAAGUUGUCAGAGACUGGCCUUCAGACAAUAGAAGCAACCAGUUUUGUUUCACCCAAAUGGGUUCCACAGAUGGCUGAUCAUGAACAAGUCAUGCAAAGGAUAAAGAAAGUUCCAGGCAUUUCUUACUCAGUGUUGACCCCAAACUUCAAAGGUUUUCAAGCAGCGUUGGAAUGUGGAGUAAAAGAAGUGGCCAUUUUUGGAGCUGCCUCAGAGUCAUUCAGUAGGAAAAACAUCAACUGCUCCAUAUCAGAAAGCCUACAGAGAUUUGAAGUUGUUUGUGAAGCUGCAAAAGAAAACAACAUUCCAGUGAGAGGGUAUGUUUCUUGUGUAGUUGGCUGUCCAUAUGAGGGAUCUGUAGCUCCAAAGGCUGUAGCAAUGGUAACGAAGAACUUGUUUGACAUGGGGUGUUAUGAAGUUUCUCUUGGUGAUACUAUUGGUGUUGGAACUCCAGGUUCCACUCAAGCCAUGUUGGAGGGUGUUUUAGAGACAGUCCCAGUGAACCAUCUGGCUAUUCACUGCCACGACACAUACGGUCAGGCUCUGGCGAAUAUUCUCACUGCGUUACAACUGGGGUUAGGGACAGUAGAUGCGUCUGUCAGUGGUCUGGGUGGCUGUCCCUACGCACGUGGGGCAUCUGGAAAUGUCGCUACAGAAGAUGUGGUUUACAUGCUUUAUGGAAUGGGAAUUGAAACGGGAAUUAAUUUGGACAAGUUAGUGGACGCAGGACAGUUCAUCUGCCAAGCCCUGGAUCGAAAAACCUCCUCGAAAGUAGCUCAAGCGAGAACAGACGGUCAGGAAGCGAAAAGCUGAUGACAUAUCAUAAGGAAGUGGCUGGUCUCAGUCUCAAUGUCUCUCCGUAAGGGUGUGACUUUCUCUAAGUGCUCAAAAUAUAUUUAUUUAAUGUUUAUUUGGAGAAUCUGGUGAUAAAUGAACCCAGAACAAUUUGGCCAAGUCGUAACGGGUUCGCAAGAUUUUCGCUCGACCAUUUGUGAGAUUUCUACAAUAGACAUGAAGAAUUCAGGC